CUGGAGAACGGACCGUGGAAUAAAUCGGAAACACGAGUGUUGGAGCGUUACCCAGCUGUACCCUCGGGCAACGCAUGCAACCGAACAGGAUUUGGAAAGCAGAGGCGCGUUCGCCAAUCUUUUACCAAGAAUGCCUACGGCGAUAACGGCAACAGCACUUUCUGCCGUGCCAUAUCGAUAUCUGAAGGGCAAAUUCGGGCUGCGGACGAGUGCGAUUCACAUUCCUUCCCGGAUGAUGAAUGGGAUAAUUGGGGUGCGACAAUUGGCGCAGUAAUUGGCGCGAUAACUGGGGCGAGCGUCCGAGGAUUGCUCGGAUCAGUGUUGGGCGGUGCUCUCGGCUGGAAAGCCGGAUCGGCCAUCAAUAGGAACUUCACAAGUAGGCAGUUUGCAAAAUGUACCACACGAGACUGAUGGCCAUGGGAUGGAGGUCUGACUGUGAGGGCAGACAGAUACCAGAAGUUCUAGUGUUACGUCUGUGCCUGUGGAGGCAGACACCUUCCAGUAAUUUGUCAGGGUUUUGUAACGACUAUGAACCAAAA